GGCAUCACCAAUUUCCACCAACUAACCACUUCUUCAUUUAUUGUUGGUCUAUAUAUGGAAAACUAGAAGUUUCAAGGAAUUAAUCACAAAUUGGAUCUGGACAUUCAAGUAUCAAUUUUGAGUGAUUGAAUCAUCAAAUCAAGUCAUAAAAUGAACUAUCCAAGAAGAAGAACACAAGUUCUGAAAAGUGAUGCUCCCAAUCCACAUGGGUCUGCAGUUGUUCGUCCCCAAAUCGAUAGCAAAUUAUUUAGAGCUAAGUUAAAUGUUAUUUACAGAUACGCAAAACCUUACACGCUUGGAGGAAUGGUGUUGUCCAUCAUCUCAACGUCUUUGCUAACCGUCAACAAACUUUCAGAUUUUACUCCAUCUUUUUUCAUUGGAGUUUUGCAGGUGAUCAUUGGUGGUAGUUUGGCCAACUCAUAUGUUGCAGCCAUAAAUCAACUCUCAGAUAUUGACAUCGACAAGGUUAACAAGCCAUAUUUGCCAUUGCCAUCAGGCGAGCUUUCUGUUAAAACUGCCAUUCGCCUCACCUCUUUGUACGCUAUUUUGGGUUUUUUCCUUGGAUGGAGUACCAAAUCAUGGCCAUUAAAGUUGGGUCUCUUGUUAUGGUAUGCUUCUGGAACAGCCUAUUCAGUUCACCUACCGUUACUACGUUGGAAGAAAAAUCCUGCACUUGCCGCAGUGUCCAUCUCAUUAGGUCUAGGAGUAGGCAUUAAUAUUUUGUUCCACCUCCACGUACAGGCAUGCAUAUACGGAAGACCACUCAUGCUUUCGAAGCAUGCUAUUUUUGUAUCUGGAAUCAUGUGCAUCUUUGGUUUAGUUGCCGCACUAUUUAAGGACAUUCCUGAUGUCGAGGGAGACAAGAUAAACGGAGUUAACUCACUGGCAUCGCAAGUCGGGAAAAAACCAGUGUUUUGGCUUUGUAUAUGGCUCCUUGAAAUGGCAUAUGGUGUGGCAAUAUUAAUAGGCUUAUCAUCAACAUAUUUUUGGAUUGGAUCGAUAAUGGUAAUCAGUCAUAGCAUUCUUGGUUUUAUACUAUGGAAAGAAGCAAACUUGGUUGAUCUCGAAAGCGACCAAGCCAUUGAGUCAUUCUAUAGAUUUAUAUGGAAGUUACGAGGUGUCGAGGACUUAUUGAUGCCCUUAUUAAGAUUUUAAGAAGGAAAAGUGGCAACUUGUUGUGAAUUCUUCAUGUUUUGGAUUUUCUUCUUAUCAUUUCAUUUUUGUGUGUUUGUUAUUGUAUUUUUAAAUAAAACCUCUUGAAUGAAUAAAUCAUAAAAAUUAAGUGAUCA